AUGUUCAACUCAUUAUCUAGUUUUAGUAACGAUGAAACUGGUUCAUUUGUUUCUGACGAAGAAACAAAACGUCAAGAAGCUGAAUUUAUGUAUGCUGGAAUUGUAAGAGACAUUCUAGUUCAGAUAAAUUCAACCGAAGUAUUUAUCGAUGAAUUUCAAGAGUACUACGAUCCAUGCAAUGCUAUAUUUUGGUAUACUCGUGAUACAUUUCUCUAUCGUUUUUUAAAUAAGGCACUUAGAGAACAGGACAUCGACACACUUUAUGGAUUGAGAUAUUUUAUCAAAGAUUUGCAUGAACAAUUGAUAGAGUUGCAUCAUUUAUCGAAAAAUGACACUAAAAGCACGGCGAAUGCUAAUAUUAAAACGAUGUAUCGAGGACAACUAAUGAAUCUAAAUGAGUUUAAUAAAAAAAUUCGUUAUCAUAUGAAUGGUUUCCUAUCAGUAAAUACAUUUCUAUCCACAACAACAAACAAAGAGCUGGCUAUAUUUUUCGUUAACGGUGAAAUAGUACACAUUCUCUUUCAAAUUAAUGCAGAUGAAAGUAUAACGAAAUUUCCAUUUGCAAAACUAUCCAAAAAAAGUGCUUUUGGUAAUGAUGAAGGUGAAAUACUGUUCGCCAUGGGUGCUGUAUUUCGAAUCAUGUUAAUGGAUAAUGAAUUAUGGCAUGUAACAUUAAAACUUACUGACGAAGAAGACGACGAUUUAUGCAAAUUAACGAAAUAUGUGAAAAAUGAUAUUGUUCAACCCAUCCCUUUGGUAAGUUUAGCAAAACUAAUGGGUAUACUUGCACGGUACGACAAAGCAGAAAAUUUUUAUAUACUAUCAUUUGGUCCUGCUAUUGCCAGCCAGAAUGCUGGAUGUAUAGCUGCUGUAUAUAAUGAUCUUGGUCUUAAUUAUAAAUUGAUGGAACAAAUCAAUAAAGCUAUCAGAUGUUUUCAAAUAUCACUCGAUUUGAAAUGCAAACAUUUCACAAAUGCUGACACUAAUCCAUCAUUAGCUAUUACGUAUAACAAUCUUGGAGGGGUAUAUUUUUCACAACAGGAAUAUGAACUUGCAGCACUCAUGUACAGGAAUGCGGCACGAAUUCAUCGUGCUAGUACAAAUCCAGAUCAAAUCUCUCUUGCAAUUUGCUACAACAAUAUCGGAACUGUCUGUAAAGAAAUUCAGCGUUAUGAAGAAGCGUUGUUAAUGUAUGAAAUGUCGUUAGAAAUUCGUUUGUCAGUACUUCCUCGCACUCAUCCAAUGAUCGCAACGACAUGUAAUAAUAUUGCACACACUUAUUAUUUACAAGGACACAGUGAAAAGGCAGCUGAAUAUUGGAAGAAAACCCUACUAAUCCAGCAGACUUCCUUACCUUCAGAUCAUCUCCUUCUGGGCAAAACAUAUCAGAGUUUAUCCAUAGUAUCGUAUGAACACGGAUUUCUUGAACAGGCACUAGAAUAUGCUAAAAAAUCGCAAAAAGUCAACUCGGUCAAUUUUCCAACAGACCAUCCAAAAGUCAAAGAAGAAAAUGAAUGGAUUAGUCAGGUCGAAGAAGAAUUGGAUAAGCUUCAUGUAUAA